AUCACCACUACCACCACUACCACCACUUGCCGCGAUGGGCCACAAGGCUUUUGAUACACCAAAAAAGGCGCGAUUACGAGGCGCUCACGAGUUUCUUGAAGCCAAGGGUAUUGAUUACAAGAAAAAGGACCUUUUUGCCUUUUUUGAGGUAUCCGAGAGACGGGGCCGUGCUAUUCUUGCCGACCGUGAGGGGUCCGACCGUACACACCACAACAACCAAGAAAAACGUGGCCGGAAACGCCUAAUCCAAGACGCCAACCUUGAUACUGUUGAAAGUUUAUACGAUACUGAGGGCUUUGAGGCAAAGCGCUUGCCAUGGGCAUCCUUGCCGACCGAGGCAGGCAUUCCUAAUGCCUCUAAGCGCACUAUCCAGAGGGCAUUAAAGCGUCAACAGAUUAGCAAGCGGAUUGCAAAGCAAGUUACCCACGUGGAUAAAGAUACUGCCUAUCGACGUCUUCAGCAUGCAGAGAACGCUCUUCGGCUUCGGCCUGAGCCAUCUGAUUGGCAUGACCAAGUCUUUUCCGACAAAUGCCACUUUAGCUUUGCUGAUAAGCGUCCAGCACAUAUCGCUCAAAAACCUAGAACACGUCACGAUCCUUCUAAUCUCUAAGAGCAAAGAGAGCCUAACGACAACAAGAGGAAGGCUAUCCAUUACUAGGCAGCUAUUAGAUUCAACUUCAAGAGCGACCUUAUCUAGUAUAACGUGCCUACUAACUAUAACGGCAAGAUAACCUAGUAGGUCUAUAUUAAUACUAUUCUUAAGCCUCACGUAAAGCAGUAGAUAGAGGAAGCUUAUAAUAAGGGCAAGCACUUUACUCUUAAAGAGGUUAAUAACUCU